AUGCGACCGCCAUAUGACCGCCCGGGCCGUCAUGCGGGUGUGAGGCGUAACCUCGACCGGCCCUUUCAUGCUAAUCACGAUCUCUACAGGGCUUCGAGAUACUCCUCGAGGUAUGACGGAGAUCGUCGCUCUAGGUCGCCUCGCGACCGCUCGCCCGAUCGCUACGAACGCGCUUCGCAGUACAGCGAUGGCGACCGCCGUCGUUCAUCGGCCGAAGCGCGCUCCAACACUUCUGCAUUCCAAAAUAACAGAGAUUCAUUCCGCGACAACCUAUCCCGUGAGCCCCCGCGCGGCCCCAAAGCACUUUUAGACCCUCCAAGCGGCCCUAGAGGUGGCGGCUACGCUGGCGAGUUCAGCAGAGGACGGGGCAGAGGCCGUGGCCGCGGAUGGUCUCGCGACGAGAGCAGAGAUCGCGGAAGAGACCGCGAUAUUGACUUCAGAGAUAGACGCGAUGGACCUUACAGAGAUGAGAGAAGUCGCGAGCGAGAACGCGACAGAGACUGGAGAGAUAGGGAAGGCUACCGAGGAAGGCCGCGUUCACCAGGCAGAGGCCGAUCACCGCCGCAGCGAGAUUUUCGAGACAGAGAUCCUCCGCUAGGCGUCGACGCCGAGAGAUCUAGACGAGGCUCGAGAGACGGCGGACCACCCUCGGCCGGUUCCUCCAAUUCCGAUCCUCCGUUCAUGUCCCGUGGCGGUUUUAGAGGAGGCAGAGACAGAGGACGCGGGGGCUGGGGCGACCGAGGCAGGGGGCGAGGAGGCUUUUAUGAUGACCGCGACCGCGACCGAUUCGGCCCCCGUAGUCGCUCUCAGGAAGGGCGCUGGGGCCGCGAUCGAGACGACCGUGAUCGUGGCGAUAGAUGGAUGGACUCCGACGCCCGUAGAGAUCCCCGCGACGACCGCGAUCUUCGUGAUCCCCGCGAACGAGAAUUGCUACGACCUAAGGGCAUUGAACGAGACCGUGAGCGCGGUGCAUCCUCGCAGGCACCGUCGCCAAACACAAAGGACAUUUCUCCCCCGCCUCUGGCCCCAUCAGCACCAGCGUUCGGAACGGUGCCCAGUAGAAACGCAGGCGCAGCCGACGGAUCGCCCAUUAUUGGUGGCACUGGCAAGCUUCCACCGACGGCGCCAAGAGCAUUCAACUCCGAACGGCCUGUGUCCGCCGGACACUCUGGCGGCAGCGAAUUUCCAGCUCCACCCACCGGACCGGCCAAAUUGGGUCUGCCAGAAGGUAGCCCACCGAUUCCCUCGGGUCCUCGAGCUCAGCAACAAAAGCAGCAACGGCCGUCGAGCAAACAAUGGAUCAACCCUGCUUUAGCGGGUAAGAAGAUUCCCGAGUCGCCCAAGAUAAUGAGGUCACAGAGCUUCGCCCAACAAAACCGACCAGUACCCUUCAGACAUGACAGUGUUCCGGCCGAUCACGGCGAUUACGACAGACGUCCUCGUAGUAGUGAUGCGAAGGCCGACUCUCAUGCUUCGACCACGGAGGGAUCUGUCAAGUCGCUCAAUCUUCCCGAGCCCGGCGAGAUCAUCAUCAAGAGUGAAAGAGACAGUUACUCGGCCAGAGCCUCAAUGGAUCGGGACGUUGACCAUCCAGACGUUUCAAGGGACACCGUCAUGUCGGGAACUGACGCGCACGGACAUGACGACUACCGACCAUCUUCGAGGGACGACGAGAAGCUCAGGCUCUCUCACAGACCCCCCUUCGAGGACAGAUCAGAGGAAAAGAACGAGCAGCCGUCCAAGCCCGCUAAGCAAUGCCGAAUGUCUGCUCACAGGGCGCGAUUUGUUUUGCCCCCACAAGAGCCGUCGGCACCCGUCUCUGAGCAAACUUCCGAAUCCGACGACGAUGAGGACUAUGGAGAAUACUUCCGCAAUGAGAUCGCUAAAGAGGAGGCCGAACUGCAGAAACUUCAGCAGGCCGCCGACAAGACGCCGGAUCUCAUAAUUGCCCGGUACGCAGCAGUCUCGAACGACGCGAUCGCGUCUAUUUUCACGGAAUCGGAUGGUUUCACCGACAUUAUUGGCCAAAUCCCAGAGGUGAUUGAGCCACCUAAAGAGCCGACACCUGUCAAAUCACCGGUCGCGGAACUGCGCGAGAAGACACCCAAGAUCCCGAGUCCUGUUAUGCAGAUUAAGCCAACGCCAAAGGACAUCGUAAAGGAAGUUGCAGCAGAACCCCCGGCGGCGCCACAACUCCCAGCAGCGCCUGAGCCUUUGAUGGUACCUGAGAUGAAUGCUGAGGCUGUGAAGGACAUCAAGAAGGAUGAUGAGGAAAACGUGGCUGAAAAGGGUGCCGACAAACCGACCGAGGAACCCGCGGAAACGCCGGUCGAGAAGCCGGUCGAGAUCCCAUCUGAGAAGCCAGUCGAUGAAACCAUCGAGAAGCCAGUCGAGGAGGCCGUUGAGAAGGCUGUUGAGAAGGCUGUUGAGAAGGCCGCGGAGGAACCUGUCGAUAAGGAAAUCGAGAAGCCCACGGAAACUGAGAAGCCAACUGAAAAGCCAACCGAAAAGCCUGUCGAAGAAGCUGCCAAGGGCGAUACCGAGAUGACUGAAGAACCCGCAGUCGAGACCAGCAUUGUUGAACCGCAACCUAAGACCGAAGAGAUGGAUGUCGACGAGCCGGUCACUCUUCACGAUGCGCCUUCUCCUCCAGCUCCCGAGCCAGUCAAGGAUAAGGACGUGGAUGUCCCAAUGGAAGACGUUGCCCCGGAAAAGCCAUCUGCGGAGCAAGUGAUGGAACGGCGGUCUAAGGAGCCGAUUACCAACGGGCAUCCUUUGCUUCAGCCUCCUAGCGAGCCGAUCGAGACCAUUGAAGGCGACAAGGCGCUUCCAAGCACACCCUCGCAAAUAGAAGACGACGAUGACAACUCUACCGAAUCGGAAGACACCGAUGCAAUGCUUAUCGACAAGAUCCGCCAAUUUUCCGCGACACCUCCGAUUGACAGCCUACCCGACUUCGGAUGUCGUCCUUGGCACCAGGACAGAGACUUCCUGCGAACUCUGGAUUCCGACCCGUUGAUUGAUAGCUUCAUUUUGGAACAUCUUGGAAAUUUCUCUCUCGAGAAGAGCAAAGCUCAAGCAGUGGCAAAGAAGGACUACGCGGAGAAUUAUGUCAAUUACCUCGACUUCACAGUGUCUAGCGACCCGAUUGCAGUCAAGAGCCGAGAGACCUUCAUCAGCUGCUUGCCGAUGCCCGAGAAGCACAUUCCCAUCCCUCCUCCACCAGAACUCAAACCAGAAGGCAGGGGAGCUGGCAGAAGGUAUGCGAGCGAGCGUGACCUUGAAAGAGUUCUGCAAGCCUCCAUGCGCGAAGACGAAGAACGUAAGGAGAGAGAGCAGCGCGCCAUGCAGGAGAAGUACCGCAGCGAAAAAGAGGCAGUCAUCCCUGAGAUGUACUGGACGCAAGAGGAGAGGGACGCCGAAUACUUCAAGGAUACGACCGGUUUCACCCCUGUAGAAAAGCUGGUGCCGGCCUGGCAAAUCCUGCAGCCUAUCAACAACUUCACGCCAGAAGAAGCGGAGCAGUUCGAGAAGAGAUAUCUCACGAAUCCCAAGCAGUGGGGUGUGGUUGCUGAGAACGUACCGAAGCGCAACUUUGGCACAUGCAUUCAGUACUACUACCUGAUGAAGAAGGAGCUGAACCUCAAGGACAAACUCAAGAAGCAACCCAAACGUAGAAAGAAGGGUAGAGGCAAGACUAGGUCCAGUGCACUCGUAUCCGAGCUUGGGAACGCGGAGAACGAAGGCGAGGAGACCCAGGAAAACGGCGAGAACGGAGAGAGAAGACGGCCCCGUCGCGCCGCUGCUCCGACAUGGGGAUUCGAGCAGCCACCCACAGAAUCCGAGAACACCACGCCUGCUGGCACACCAGGUCGUCGCGGCGCAAAGGCAGAUCCUGACAAGCCCGAUGGCAGGAAGAGGGGAAGAAGAGCAGCAAAGGACAAGGAGCCCAAAGCCGCCAAACCUCAACAAACCCUCGCAGCCGCGCCAACUCCAGCCUCAGGCAAGGGGCGGUCUCGCUCGAACUCACGCGUUCAGAAUGUGGAGUUCCAGCCGCCGCCUCCUGUGCCGAUGGAGAACCGACUGCCAUCGCAGUUCGAGGCGCCAACGCCCGGUGUGCAACCGCCUUUUGCAGCUGCUCAGCAGCCACCUCUGGUUGUUCAGGAGCGUCCUGUCUCUACGACCCCCGUGAUUUCGGACGUGAUGGCGCCCCCGUCGCUGCGUCCAGAGCCGCCUCAACUGCCUGCUCAACCGACGCUGGCAACCUUCGACAUUGCUCAGCCGCAGCCCGAGCGCCGUCCCCCAAGCACUGCUUCUAGCUACUGGAGUGUUUCGGAGGCAAACGACUUCCCGGGCCUAUUGAAAUCUUUCGGCACGGACUGGCCAGCCAUUGCCACACAUAUGGGCUCCAAGACAGCUGUCAUGGUCAAGAACUACUUCGUUCGACAGAGGGACCAGGGCAAGAGUGAUUGGGAACAAUUUGCUUCUGAUGCCGAUGCGAAGAAACAGAGGGGAGAGAAGCUACCCGAUCCUCCUCUGCCAACUGUUGGAGGGCGCAAGAAGUACGAUUCCACUCCAGGCGGGUCUCACCGGGCUAUUGCUUCUGCUCCAACCGCAGCACCCACGCCUCCAGCCGCACCCGUCCCAGCCUCAGCUCCUACAACUCCUGCAGUGUCUACAGCACCGGUCACUGAGCCGCCCGCCGAAGUCGUCACGCCCAAGGUUGAACCAGUUGCUCAGCCGCCAGGCAACCCGCCUUUUGGUCGUUUCACUAUGCCAAUCACUCCCGCGCCUCCUGCACAACAGCAACAGCAGCAGCAACAACAGCAGCAGCAGCAACAGCCACCUGCACAAGCAGUGGCGCCUCCUCAAGCUGUUCCCUUGCCACCCGCUCAGCCUGCUGCUCAGGCACCAAUGGCUAUCCAGCCGCCCCAUCCCGUUGUUCAGCCAAUAGUUACACAAUCAGGAUCGCCUAGUACUCGCCCCGUAAAAGCACCGCAGCAGCAGCCCUUCGGCUUUCCUGAGAGGGAGCGCGAGUCAACACAGCCACCUCAACCAGUCAGGAUCUCCCAAAAGCCGUCUGCAACUCCAGUCACCGAGCCUAUCCAGCAGCGUCCUCUGGCUGCCGCUCAGCCUAUUCAACCCGCACAGCCUGAACCCCAGAUUGACCGUCAACAGGUCGAAAGGCAGCAGCUGGAGAGGCAGCAAGUGGAACGCCAAAGAAUUGAGCAACAGCAACAAAUGGAGAGGCAGCAACAGCUGGAGCGACAAAGAAUUGAGCAGCAGCAGAUUGAGAGGCAACAACAACUUGAGAGGCAGCAAAUGGAACGUCAACAAAUGGAGCGUCAACAGCAACAACAACUCGAGCGGCAAGCUAUGGAAAGACAGCAGCUUGAGCGACAAGAGAUGGAGAGGCAGCAAGCCGAGCGGCUGCAAAUUGAGAGACAACAGGCCUUGGAGAGGCAACAGAUGGAGAGACAACAAAUGGAGAGGCAGAAAUUGGAGGCUCAACAGGCACAACAAGCUCAACAAGCUCAACAGGCCAAGGAGCAUUUGCGACCCGAGCGCACACGCAUGAAACAGGAGCCCGAGAUGACACCCCCUCACCACCGUUACGAGCCUUUCGGAUUUGGUCAACAGCCGGUCCGGAGCGUUCCACCUCCCCGAUCGGAACCGCCGGUCCCGGCGAGGCAGGCGGAGCCGCCUCGCGGAGCACCGACACCGGUGCCCCAAGCUUACGGUCAGCCAGUGCCGCAGCCAGGCGGUCGUGGCUUACUCGGCGACCCUCAGCCAUCGGUAUCGACGCCCCCUGCGCAACGCCCGAUCGCCAGUGCCCAGAGACCCAUGCCCCCGCAUAUGGACUCUUAUGGCACUCCGCCGCCUGCUGCCGCACCUCGUCCGCCAGCUUCGGAGCCACGCAAGACAUCCAACCUCAUGGCAUUGCUCAAUGACGAUCCUCCCGCGGCUGCAGCUGCACCUGCACCGACGCCUCAACCUAAGCGUGUUAACGAUAUGGCUCAAGUCAAACCGUCGCCCACGCCUCCUCCUCAAAGCAUGUCUAGAGGCCCUGCGCCAGCGCCAACUCCAACACCAUUGCGUCCGGAGCGAGAGCCCCCUCAAGCAUAUCCUUACGCCCGGAAUGCUGCCCCAUCUGCGUCAGCCAUGCCUCCGCUGAAGCCAACAUAUACUGCUUCACCACAGGCUCAGCACAUGAGUGCGCCGAGAUCUACUAUGGUUUCUCCUCACGACGCAGCAAACGCAGUCGAGCGCGACUAUUACCGUCAUCAAUACCCGCAGCAUCAAACACCCGCGACCAACUCACCUCAAGUCGCACAGCCUUAUCCGCCUCAGGCGCAGCCACCUCCCCGAGAUCACUACCAACCACAGACCGGCUACCCUGCGUACGGAGCUGCUGGCUCCCCACCCCAGCAAUACGCCGUUCAUCAGUCGGCAUCUAGACGGGAGCCGCCGCCCCCGCAAGCUCGCGAAAACGCGUGGCCAACUGGACCUCAGGGCCACGCCAUGGGUCAACCGCAGCCGCCACAGCAACCAACAUCGGCCUGGCCGCCUUCUCACGCAACACCCAAGGCUCAACCAGCGCCGCCGCCUCAGUCUACUUGGGCAUCUCCACACACAUCUGCUCAAAAGAUACCCGCGGGUGGUAUGCCGCAGCAAUCCUGGGCAUCCGCCCCGCCUCAGCAGCAGCAACCUCCGCCGCAUCACCAUAUGUCUAUGCGGGACGACAGAGGCGCUCCCAUGUACGGCCAGCCUCCUCCCCAACAUCCGCACGCCAUGCAAGGUCGUUACCCGCCAGUCACUAGGGCACCUGAGCCGAUGCCACCCCAGGCGCCGCAAGCUUAUCCACCGCGAUACGCGACACCGGGACCGAGGGACCAAAUGCCGCAACGCAGCUACACGCCUGUCGGUUACGAUGCUCGUGGUCCGCCUCCUGGGCCAUAUGGCGCCGAUCCAAGAGAGAUGCAAAUGCGCGAUCCUAGAGAUCAGAGGGACCCUCGGGAGCUGCAACAACAGCAGAUGAUGCAGCAGCGGCAAAUGGGCUAUGAUAGACAGCCUGACCGUUAUGGUCGAUAA